UUAGAAACAUUAUCUAAAGUAAAGGGAGUUUGACCUAGUUAAUUUUUAUGAAAAUUCUUAAUAUUAAAAAUAGAAUUUAUUCUAUUACAGAAAUAUAGAAAACAUAAUAUACGUCGAAGAUGAGUUACGGUCGAAAAGGACCUCCAUCUAUUAAAGGAAUGGAAUCUCUUAAAGUUGAUAAUUUAACUUACCGAACAACAGUUGAAGAUUUGAAACGAUUAUUCCAAAAAUACGGCGAAGUAGGUGAUGUGUACAUUCCGCGCCAUCCUUAUACUCGUGAUAGUCGCGGCUUUGCUUUUGUAAGGUUUUAUGAUAAACUUGAUGCAGAAGAUGCCAUGGAUGCUGUAGAUGGAUACGUUUUAGAUGGUAGAGAGCUAAGAGUUCAAAUAGCUAAAUGUGGAAGGCCAAAUGAUCCAUGGCAAGGUGGGGGAUCACGUGGAAGGAGAAUGAGAGAUCGAGGAAGGUCUCGUUCCAGAGGCAGGCGGUCCAGGUCGCGAUCAAAACCAAGAAGGUCACGAUCAAGAUCAAGAAAUCACUCGCAUCAUCAUUGUUCAAGAUCUAGAAGUACUUCCCGAAGUCGAAAGCAGAAAUAUUUUCAUUCAAAGUUGCAUUCAAAAAGCCGUAGUUGCAGUCAGACAAAAAACUUGAAAAAGCAUGGUGAUAAGAAGAAUUCUAGUAGAAGAGAAAGUCGGAGCAAUAAUCGAAGCCCUGAGAAAAAGGGAGAAAACAAUAAUGAUGAAGCCUUUGAAGAGAACAAAGAUGACGAUUCCCAAAGUGAACAUGGUAGCCUGAGUCGAUCAGAAAAUCAAGAAAAAGGGCAAUCCAAGUCUCAUUCUCGUUCCAACUCCAGAAGCUGAAGCUGAUUUUGUGAACGGCAAGAUUUUGGGUGGUCAUAACAUGGUGUGUCAAGGGUUGCUCACUGUUGUGAUCUGGUGGAGACUCAAUGCAGGUUACAUGUAUGUGUUUAAUCCUGUUAGUUUUUCUCUAAAGUUUGGUUUAUACAGUCAAAUAUGAGAUUUUACUUAAUUUUCUUUUUAAUUUAAUAAGUGUUUCAUAUACUCGUUAAUUUCACAUAUGCAAUUAAAUACUGAAAUCUGAGUUAUUUUUUAAAAAGGUUAAUGUUUUUGCAGUUCUUUGUAAAUUAGUUUAAUAUGUAAGAGAGCUUUACCUAUUAGCAUUCUAAGUUUCUGUAACUUAUUAGAUGCAUACUCAAUCUAUAAAACACCAUUUUUUAAACACUUUUAAGUUGUUUUUGGUAUCUUUUUCAUAUGCUGUAUCAUUGAUUUAGAGAAACAUUAAGUAUGACUAUUUUAACAUAUGUGUAUGUAUUAGGAAUAAAACUAUGCACCUAAUUUGUUUUCAGCAAAAAAACCUGGUUGAAAUUAUUCUUAUGUCAGUUGAUACGUAAAAUCAGAAAAACGUUUGGAGUAUAGGUUGGCUAUGUCAUUAGUAUUAAAUUUAAAUGUUAUUACUUGUCUAGAAUUUUGGUAUGUACACUUGUGUGUCUUAAGUUGUGUUUUAUUUUUUAUUUAACUUUGUCUAACCCUUUUUCCAUUAAGUGAAAUAUUUUAUAAUAUUACUUAUGUUGUCAUAGGGUAUGUGUAGAUGUGUGUUAGUCUACCAAAUCGGUGGAGCUUUCAGAUUUCUUAACAAUAAUAAAUGGUUUUUUAAUGCCCAAAUUUAAAGUACACAUUUGUGUAAACUACUAAACUUUUAUUUGAACAUAUAAAUGAUUACUUAAAUGAAUGUGUAUAUUACAUAUUUAUUGAACAUUCAGAUGUUUAUUUAUGGUACUACAUUAGACUAUGAAGAUAUAGCUUUUGAUAAUAUGAUUAAUGUCAAAACGACUGUUACGUCUUGUAUGUUUGUUUGUUAAUUCUUCUAAGAUACAAG